AGCAGGACAGAGACAUUUGAACUGUUGCAUCUCAACGCAAAGUGACUGCGUGAUCCUGCGGUAGAAAGAACUCAGAGACAUGUCGCAAGAGGACGAGGGAGCAGGCCCUUCAGGGGCUGGACGAGGCUCAGAUGAAGACAGCCAAGCUGCCCCUUCGCUUGACAGUGGAGGUAACCCUUUGGUGCAGCUGCAAACACAGAUUCUCGAACUAAGUAGAAAACAUGAUGCUGCUAUGUCAAGUAUUUCUAAUAUGUGUAAUGUUCAAACCAGAUCUGUUGUUUACAUCCCAAGAGAAAAGGCAAUUGUACCUUUCUGUGGAGAAGCGGGAAAAGAUGCUUACACUGUUGAUGAGUUUAUAGAUGAGGUGGAAAGAGCAAUGAGAACUAGGGGUUUGCAUGGGGAGGAUCAAACUGAUUUAAUUCUCUCACAGCUAAAGGGCUCUGCCUUAGAGGAAGUUAAGUUGCGUAUGGGUGGGCAAGCGAGACAACCCCGUGAUCUCUUUUCAUACUUGAGGGAGGCAUUUAGGGAGAAACGCACCACUCCACAGCUCUUACAUGCUUUCUACGCCCGUCGGCAACUAGAUGGGGAAGACCUGCGGGAUUAUUCACAUGCCCUGUCUCAGCUGCUAAACUCUGCACUACAGCAGUCUCCUGGUGUAGUACCCGACACGCAGCUAACACUCCGCGAUCAGUUCAUUGAAGGCGUGCGUGACUCCACUCUUCGGCGCGAACUACGCAGACUUAUUAGAGAGAAACCUGAUUGUAAUCUCUUUGAUGUUAGAGAAGAGGCAUUAAUGUGGACUAUGGAGGACCGUCCACGCAGUGCUAAUGUGGCUAGAAAUAGAAAUAUAGUAGGUAACAGACCAAAUGACAACUUAGAAAAGACCGACUCCACAAUAAAUUCACAGACAGAUCUGGCUUUUACUCUACAAGAGGUGGUUAAAAUAAUCGCACAACAAGGCAAAGCAAUAGGAGAAUUAACCAAUGCAGUUCGAGAGCUCACUACACAGGCUACCAGUUCUGAAGACAGUAGGAGUGCUAGGACUAAACCUAAACUCAAAUACACCAGAGACGGUCAGCCGAUUUGUCUGCGAUGUGAGGGGGUGGGACAUAUGGCCAGAUACUGCAACACACAACGUAAGCCUACCAAUCAGUCUCCAGGCAUGCCUGGUUCUGCGGUACAGGAAAACGGGAGCCCUCCAUUGCUCUGAGCCUGGCAAUGCGAGGCAAGUCAGAAGGCUCAAAAGAAACUCUGACCAAAGAACACUUUCUGGAGCAUGCUGUAGGACAGUGCCCUGAGGUGGAUAUCCAGAUCGGAGGUGUUCCCCUCAGAUGCUUGCUUGACACGGGAAGUAAUGUAAGCACUUUGACCGAAAGUUUCUUUAGGAAUCAUCUACAUGGAG